AUGGAACCCACAUCCAGCGCCAUUCCCAGUGCCUCGUGGCAUGCCCUCCCCAACGAGAUGAAGCUGGCGGUCAUUGACGCCCUCGACGCGGAGGACGUCAAGGCCCUCUCUAAAGUCGAUCAGCUGACGUACCAGGCCUGCGUUCCAGCGCAAUUCAGGAAAGUCAAGUUGGACAGCUAUGAAGCCCUCGAACGCUUCCUCGAAAAUGUGCCACGCAGCUACUGCAGUUACAUUGAGGAGCUGGAGCUCUGCACCCAGAGCGAGACAGCCCACUUUCUCCCCGUUCUUCCUCGUGUACGGGCAGAUUCGGUCAUCACUUUGUUAUUGGCCUCCCCAGCCAUCAGCAAGCUCGUUCUCAAAGUUGCAGGUUCUUUGGACAAGAGUGUCCUUACCCCCUUCCCAUACCUCAACAACUUGAAACAGCUGUCGAUUUCGAACUGUGGAGAUGAGCAAAGGACUCCUUUGAGCGAGAGGUUUGUUGUCUACAUGGCGGCUUCCAUUCGCAACCUCGAAGAGCUAUUCCUCGACCGCAUCACUCGCUCCCAGCUGCACGCCCCUGAGCUCGAAGGAGCAUACCCUUGUGUUCCCCUCGCCAUGAACGAUGAAGACAUACCAGACCACCCGGUGCUCGGAUCCGAGCUCUCCCUCCCCUCCCUACUCCAAAUUCCUACUCUUCACAAGCUCACCAUCCGCGACACGCAUCUCGGACACUCGGGAUGGACGACGACGCCCGUAGCGUGUCGUUUGCAGGUGCUCGACAUCGGGAGUUGCUACCACGAGGACGAAGGGUUCAACACGCGCUGCACCGAGCGGAUCAUGGCUGCGGUCGGCCCCACCGUCGACGAGUUCUCGCUGACAGCGGCGGUGUCGGACAGUGUGUUUUCGAAGCCGUCUGCGACGCCCCUGCAGCGGCUGCGGAAGCUGCACAUCUCGCCGUACUUCCCCGUCGACAGCGUCGUCGAGACGAUGUCGAACCUGGCCGGGUCGCCCGUGGAAGGCAUCUCCGUGCAGUGCUUCGAGGAGGACGUCGUGGAUGUGUGUACGGCGCUGGAGGAGUUCCUCAGCCUCCGCGUGGAACGUGGCCCCGAAUUUUACCACCGACUCCAACGCAUCGAUGUCUCAGUUGCGGCCGAUGACGACGGCAUGACUCCCACACAGGAGGAAAGAGAGGAACGAAUCCAGGCGGCCCGCCGGCUGCAAGAACUGUGCCGGGAUCUCCAGUUGGCCAGCGUGGUCGACAAGUUUGACAAGUUCGCUGCGGCGGUGGCUACCAAGAUGGGUGGGUCGGGUAAUGCUGGACCUAUCUCCUUCACCGAUGCCCGACGCUACCCAGCCAAAGGCCGAUCCAUGACCCUUUAA